CCCAACUCGCCAAGUUACUCCAAGAAGGCAGUUGGCCCUCCUCCUGCUCACUAUACCUGCUUUCGUUGUGGAAAGGCGGGUCACUACAUUCGACAAUGCCCCUUGCUGAUGAUCCAGGACAAGAGUGUGGAGAGUCCCAAGCCAGUGAGGAUCAGUAAGGGCAUUCCUCAGAGCUUCAUGGUGAAGGCCGAGCCCGGCACCAAAGGAGCCAUGUUAACCAGCACUGGAGAAUAUGCCAUACCUGCGAUAGAUGCGGAGGCAUAUGCACAAGGAAAGAAGGAGCGCCCUCCGUUUGUUCCACAUGACCAGUCGUCAUCGGAGGACGAGACGGACCCGAUCCCCGAUGAACUCUUGUGUCCGAUUUGCAAUGACCUGAUGACGGACGCCGUGGUUAUUCCGUGCUGUGGAAACAGCUACUGCGAUGAGUGUAUAAGGACUGCCUUGUUGGACUCGGAGGAGCACACCUGCUUCACAUGCAAACAGUCCGAUGUUUCACCUGAUAAUCUCAUCGCCAACAAGUUUCUUCGACAGGCUGUGAACAACUUUAAAAAUGAGACGGGAUACACCAAACAUGUUCGCAAGCAGGUACAAAAUGCAGCCCCGCCACCACCGCGCCCUCAGCUGGUCCGGCCAAUGCACUCAAGGCAGCGGGACCCACUGCUGGCCAACAUCACGCACCCUCCUUCUACAAGCGCACCCGCCACUGCCCCUCAAGUACAGGUCCCGCCCCCUGAUCCCGCUCCUGCACCGUCUCCUGCACCUUCUCCUGCACCUGCUCCUGCCGCUACUUCUGCUCCUACGCCUCCUCAUGCCGCUGCUGUUGAUGAACGAGAAGAUUCACCGGCCCCUGCGCCUGUUGUUGACCGCCAUUCUCCUGUGCACUCCGCCGGCCAUGCGGAACCACCCCCGCCGGGUGAGAACAAUCCAGAACCUUCUGUGACGCCGGACUCUUCAGGAACCUCAAACUACCAUUUAUCUCCUUUUGGCCACCCACCACCUAUAAGGCCGCCUCAUCCACCAGGUCACCAGUCACGACCACACCACGCUCACAGAGGAGGAGGAGGAGGAGGUGGUGGUGGAGGAGGGGGAGGCGGCGGAGGCAGACCCUGGGAGAGAUUUUUCAGAGGAAGAGGAGACCACCCCUCCAAUCACCUCCAGCCACCUCCACCGCCUGCACUUAUCCCUCCGGUGUACCCAUCUCCGUCCAUGUACCCGCCCCCGCCCCAGUCCUAUCCCCCUCCGUACGCCUCUGGCCCGGGCCUUCUCCCUCCCGUCAUUGGAUACCAACCACAGCCUGUUUAUGCUCCGGGACCACUGGGGCUCAACCCACCCUGGGUGGCCCCUGGUACCCAGCCCCCUCUUAUGCCUUUACCCCCCCUCGGUCAACCCCCCCUCUCUAAAGAAGAUUUCUACAGACAGCGGCACCACCGGCAGGACACAGUUACAUCCAAACUGGAUGAAUUUACUAAAGACUUCCACAAAGAGCUUAUGAAGUACAGAAAUGCACCAAAGAGACGAAGACCAUCGUAUUCAAGAUCCCGUUCAUACAGCCGCUCUCCAUUCAGCCGCUCUCCUUACUCUCGCUCGAGAUCCAGAUCUAGAUCAAGAUCCAGGUCUUACUCUUAUUCUCCCAGUCGAUCCCGUUCACGCUCCCAUGGCCGGUCUUAUCCCCGCUCACCUUAUUCUAGACGCAAUGGGCGCAGUUAUGGACGAUCGCGGUCAAGGUCCCGUUCCCGUUCCCGGUCUUAUGGGUAUCGUCGUUCUGGCUCACCUCGGUCUCCUCCUCCCUACCGGCCGGGAGGCUGGGAGGGAGCAGAAGGAGCAGGACCUUACAGGUCACGGUCUCGCUCCCCUGGCCCUGGCCCUGGCCCUGGUUCGGGCCCCGGUCCAGGUCCUGGCCCCGGCCCCGGGCCCGGGCCUGGUGGCUUCCGGCCCCGAAGCCCUGGUCAAAGAAAGCCGCCUCCUCGGGAGCUCCCACCGUAUGAACUGAAGGGUCCUAGUCCUGGAGGCAAUGAGCGCUGGGAAAGAGAAAGGUAUCGGCAGUGGGAGAAGGAGUAUGCAGACUGGUACAACCAGUUCUACAAAGACUACGACAACCAGCAUCCCUCACUGCAUCACAGAGGUCGUGUUAGCAGAGACAGAGAGAGGGACAGAAUGUCCCCAUUGUCCAGACAUUACUCCCCCCAGGGGAGAGGAAGAAGAGGAAGAGAAGAGAGGGGUGCUCCCCCUAACCACCCUCCAUCCUCUUCCUCAUCAGGGAAUAAGUCCAGCGCUAAACUCCUGAAGACAAAGAAAGUAAAAAAGAGGAGGACUGGGGACGAAUCAGAGGCAUCGCAUCACUCCGUAGACAGAGGCGACGCGACUCCUGUCAGAGACGAACCAAUGGACGAAAUCCCGUCACUUGUUAAGACGCCUCCCAUGUCCUCAAAGGCUUCAGUCGGCUCUGCAACCUCGAAAGCUCCAGCUUCUAAAAGCUCUGCUGCACCCGUUAAACCCUCAACCAAGUCAACAUCGAAGACUCAGUCUGAUAGGACCAAGAAAGACAAGGGCCAAAAGGUCAAAGCUAAAGUGAAGACGGAGAGCGUGAAGGUAAAGAGUGACAAAGUGAAGAAAAAACCUGCAGACUGUGUGGUGACCAAAAAAGAGUCCUCAUCCUCUUCCUCCUCUGGCACAAAACCGUUAAAGACCAUUAAAACCAAACCAGAAGACGCCCCCAACUCUAUCCCUAAAAAGGAAAAGGGUAAAAGCUCUGCAGUGAGGCCAGCCCUGCUUAAGACACCGCCGCUGUCCUGCCAGAGCCUGCCCAUACAUCAUCCCUCUCUUCAUGAUGGCCCUCGACAGGGCCAUGACAUCCGGGGGAGAAGAGAUCCUCCGCAGAGUGGUGGUCUCCUUCCCACCCCCCAUCAACACGGGCUCCCACUCCUCCACAGACCUCCCUCCCCUGACAGUCGGAGGAGGAUGGGAGAAGAGGGACGCUCUUUACUUGGACCCCCUCCUGGAAAGCUGAGGAGAAUCGAUGGGCUCGGUGUCGGAGGUGACGUCAUCUCCCACUCUCACAUGUCGCAUCAGCUCCCGCUCCACAGACUCCCACCCCCCUCAGACAGGCCGGGUCUUCUUCCCAUACCGGGGAGCCGUGAUAUGGUCCGGGGAGACGCAGAUCGAGGAUCCAUCAGACCUCUAAUGGACCUCCAGGUGAAGCCACUGACUCAGAGGAGGAUCAAGUUAAACAGAGACCUGGGGAGGAAGGGCAGCACCGAGAACGCAGCCACAGACAGGGUACCGUCUGGUUCUGAGAAGACGACUGCCACCUCAGACCGAUCAGCGGCUGCUAACCUCUCUGAAGGAGACCGGCCCAGCAGUACAGCAGAAGGUGCUGUUAGAAAGGAGCGGUCGGCAUCUGCGGAGAGGGGAGUCGGCAGAGAGAGACCAGGAAGUGCUGGAGAGAGACAGCAGAGUUCAGAGCAGAGUAGAAGCUCAGGACUGGACAGAGAGCGGGACAGAGCUUCAGGGUCCGACAGGGGCAUGACGUCGACGUCGUCCGACAGGGGCACGGCGUCAUCUGACAGGGGCACGGCGUCAUCUGACAGGGGCACGGCGUCAUCUGACAGGGGCACGGCGUCAUCUGACAGGGGCACGGCGUCAUCUGACAGGGGCACGGCGUCAUCUGACAGGGGCACGGCGUCAUCUGACAGGGGCACGGCGUCAUCUGACAGGGGCACGGCGUCAUCUGACAGGGGCACGGCGUCAUCUGACAGGGGCACGGCGUCAUCUGACAGGGGCACGACGUCAUCUGACAGGGGCACGACGUCAUCUGACAGGGGCACGACGUCAUCUGACAGGGGCACGACGUCAUCUGACAGGGGCACGACGUCAUCUGACAGGGGCACGACGUCAUCUGACAGGGGCACGGCGUCGACCGACAGGGGCACGGCGUCGACCGACAGGGGCACGGCGUCGACCGACAGGGGCACGGCGUCGACCGACAGGGGCACGGCGUCGACCGACAGGGGCACGGCGUCGACCGACAGGGGCACGGCGUCGACCGACAGGGGCACGGCGUCAUCUGACAGGGGCACGGCGUCAUCUGACAGGGGCACGGCGUCAUCUGACAGGGGCACGGCGUCAUCUGACAGGGGCACGGCGUCAUCUGACAGGGGCACGACGUCAUCUGACAGGGGCACGACGUCAUCUGACAGGGGCACGACGUCAUCUGACAGGGGCACGACGUCGACCGACAGGGGCACGACGUCGACCGACAGGGGCACAACGUCGUCCGACAGGGUCACGGCGUCGACUGACAGGGGCACGGCGUCGUCUGACAGAGGCAUGACAUCAUCUGACAGGUCGUCUGACAGGGGCAUGACGUCGUCUGAAAGAGGCAUGACGUCAUCUGACAGGUCGUCUGACAGAGGCAUGGCGUCGGCGGUGUCUGACAGAGGCACGGCGUCGGACAGAGACAGGGAAAGGGUCUCCAGCUCACAGAAAAUAGCAGUUACACUGGAGAGGGACCUCGAAGGAGAAAGGUCGGUGAGGACGGAGCGAAAGUCCUCCAGUGCGGGAGGGAGGUCGGUUUCUCUGGAUAAAAUGACCAUCGCAGAGAAGACAUCCGUCUCUCGGAGCCCGGCCGACCCUCAGGAGAAGCCAAGCGUAUCGUCGAAGGAGAGAGGCGAAGGGUCAGAACGAUCUGCUAAAUCUGGCAGGAGUGUGUCCAAGGACAGAACGGAGAGGAGUGUCCCCUCAGGAGAGAAACCAGCUGCUUCUCACAGAGAAGCAGUGAAAGAUGGCGAGGAGACCGUUGGGAAGAGCAAACCCCGGAUCAGCCGAAAGGCCCUCACCAGCCACACUGUGAGCUCCAGCAGGUCAUCUCAAGAAACAAAGCGAGACUCGGACAAAGAUCAAAAGAGCGUGUCCUCCAAACCUGCAGAGCCGCUCCCAUCGAGCCCCGUGAACAGCCGUGGCCGAAGCCCGAGUGUCAGCCCAGAACCCACGCCGGCCAUCGAGGAGCCGCUCAUUCAGCCGCCUCCUCGCUCCAAGUGGGAAAGGGAGGAUGACGAAGAAGGCCAAGAAAACGGACUCGGUGCACCCAAAGAGCCCUCACCGGUGCCACAAAGGGUCCGAGGCAGGGAAGGGCCAACUGAAGCCCCUAAAGCUGUUAGGGGUGAAGGCCGGGACGCUCCAAGGGAGGAGAGGCGAGGAGCAGUAAGAGAAGAGAGGAAAGGGAAAGCACCAAGGGAAGAGGGCAAAGGUGGCAGGACGGCACAGACCAACUCAGACAAACCAACCAAAAUAAAACUUGUUAGGGAGGAGGGAAGAGGAGGAGGAGGAGGUCGAGACGAAGGGAGAGCUGCAGCCAGAGAGGAGGCGAGAGGCGGAGGCAGAGAUGAGGGCCGAGGAGCAACGGGGAAGGAAGAGAGAGCCGCCGAAGGCAGAGGAGGACGAGAGGAGGGUCGUAGCCUCGAGCCCAGGAGACAGCGAUUGUGUUCCGACCUCGGCCGCGAGACGGACGAGGCGGCCUUCGUGCCCGACUACAGCGAAGGCGAAGGCUCGGAGACGGAGAGAGGAAGGAGUGGCAGCCCCAGCCUGUCUGGCAGCCAACCCUCCAGCCCCUCCCAGAGCAACAGCGGCUCGGCGGCCGCCGCCACCACCACCACCGCGGCGGACAAGAAGAAGAAGAAACACAAGAAACACAAAAAACACAAGAAGCACAAGAAGCACAGCGCCCAGGUCAAGGAAGGUGAACAGAAGGAGCACAAGCACAAACACAAGAAGAAGAAACACAAAAAGAGCAAGGACAAAGAUGUGGAGGAAGAGGACGAGGAGGAGGAGGAGGAGGAGGAAGAGAAGAAGAUGACGACGACGACGACGACGACGACGGAGAAGGCAGAGGAAGGGGCUCCACAGUAAGAGGGAGAGGGCUAACUUGUGUUAAAUAGGAGAUAAUGAUGUAUUCUAGAAAUCUGGGCUAACUGGCAUGCUGCGCCAUGUGCCACUCUUGAGGGAAUGGAUGAAACGAGUCCUCGACGCUGGACGGCUGUUAUUUCCUCAAUGUCUCCAAACGUACUCGUGGUACUUUGUCACGCCUGGAUUUUGCAGCAUCACCAUCAUCAUCAUCAUCAUCACCGCCGCUGAGCUUUCUUUAAUGUUCCAUGUGGGCCUUUUCUUUGUGACUUUUGGGGGUCACAGAAAACCGGGCAAAGUGAUGCUGCGCGGCGCUCUUGUGAUCAAACCCGGAGCAGAAAGGACUCGGCGACGAUAACGGAUCCCCGGCAGUGAGUCUAAACGAUAGGAAUGACAAACACUGUACUCAGGGAUGUGGUUGCUUCUUUGUAGAGGAGAAAUUGCUGUUUCUCCGUCUCCCGAGUAAUUUGUAAAUAGAGAUGAGCCGUUGCUUCAUGUAGUAGUAAUUUUCCCUCAGUUUGUUUUGCUCACAUCCCUGUGUGCUGUUCAAGGUUUAAAUGAAAAUUAACCUUCAUUGCUAUGAGGGUCUUUGUAAGCUUUUUGUUCCUUUCUUCUUUUUUUUUCUUUGAAGGACUGUACUCGUGUUUUUGCAUGUUUUAGUACAUUAAGUACAAAUCAUUAAUUCUUUCCAUGACUGCAAACCUUUUUCCAACGUUUCUCAUCAGAUCUUUAGGCAGCUAUUGGUUUCAAUCAUGCCAGUAGUUGUUUUUUGGGGGUAUUAGUAAAUUGACUUAAAGACAAAUUUAUUUUUUGAAUAGGUCACCAAGUUUCUUUUCUUAAAUCCGAAUGAAAUCCAGUAGUUCGUAUUAUUGAUAAAUGUGCUAAAUACCAGACACGAUCACCAGUACGGUCCUUUUUUAAGUUAAAACAAAUGUUUAUGUGUUCAUGCUACACUGGAUUGUAUAAAUCUAGGAUGUGUUGAUUAAUAAUGUCUAAUCAGUCGGCAUGUUUUUGUUCCAGAGGUGCAGUAGGCGUCCAUCACGUUGUCGGGAGUGACUGAAUGUGUGCGUGUUGGUGUGAAAGUGAAAUGUGACACAAGUGGGACAAAUUGGAGGACUAGUGUUCUUACAAAUGAGUUGAGUUGUUUUUGUUUUUUUUAAUUAAAAAUGUUUUGAUCUCAUGAAAA